AUGUACAUCCCUUCCAAGUUUGCCCACCUCUCCGAGACGCCCAAGUCGGCGCUCAACUGGCAUCUUGCCCUCGCCGUUGUGGGCAUGGGUCUGCUCGGUUCUUCGCGUGGUAUCGAUGAGGGUCUCAUCGGUGGAAUGAUCUCGCAAAAGAAGUUCGAGACGGACUUUGGCAUUCCUGCCAAGAGCAAUAAGGAAUCCAACGUCACCGCCAUGGUCCAGCUCUUCUCGGUCCUUGGCGCCAUCCUCGGCUACCCCAUCUGCGAGCGUCUGGGUCGUGUCCGUGGUGCUCAGAUCGCUUGUGUCCUUGUUCUCUUCGGCAGCGCUCUUUGGGCUGGCAGCAACGGUCACUACGCCAUGCUGUUGGUCGCUCGUGCAAUCAACGGCAUCGGGGUUGGUUUGACGCCCAUUGUUGCUCCCAUCUUCCUGGUCGAGGUUGCGCCGAAACAGAUUCGUGGUCUCUGCACGUCGGUCUAUUCGUUCAAUGUGUACUUCGGAUUGCUUUUGGGUUAUUGCACGAAUCUUGGAGUCAAAUCCCACAUCAACGCCAAGUCGAACGCCAUCUGGCAGGUGCCUCUGUCGCUCAACUUUGCGCUGCAUGCAGUGGUACUAGUCUUCCUUCUAUUCAUGAAGGAGUCGCCGCGAUGGCUCAUGAUGAAGGACCGGGUCGAGGAGGCCUCUGCUUCUCUUGGAUGGUACCGUGGCAUGGAGCCUCGCGACAAGGCCUUCGUCGAAGAGUACGAGCUCAUCGCCGACUCGGUGAGGCAGGAACGGGAGGCCACCAAUGGUCUCGGUUUCAUGGGCAAGGCUCGCGAGCUGUUCUGCAACAAGAACAACCAGUUCAAGCUGGUGCUCUGUGUGCUGAUCCAGAUCCUCGGUCAGUGGCAGGGACCCGGUGCGCUUUCGACCUACGCCAACCGCAUCCUUAGCCUGAUUGGCGUUCACGACACCAGGGGUUACGUCAUGUCGGCCGGCUUCGGUGCGGUCAAGCUCGCUGCUGGUAUCCUCUCGUCGUUCUUCUUGAUCGACCUGUUUGGACGUCGCCGUACCCUCUGGGUCUCGACGCUGUGCCAGGGUCUUGCCAUGCUGUGGGUUGCCAUUUACCUCGGCGUCUACAUCGACCACAAGCACAAGGCCAGCAAGGCAGCCUCCGAGGCAGCCAUUGCUGGCAUCUUCAUCGCUGGUGCCUCCUGGUCCGCUGGUGGUAACCUUGCCCAGUAUCUGAUCAACUCCGAGAUCUUCAGCCUGGACGUUCGUGCGCUGUCUGCAUCGUUCGUCAUGGCGUUCCACUUCCUGAUGCAGUACGGUACCACGCGCGCUCUGCAGCCCAUGCUCAACUCGGGCCUCAAGGGCGCUGGCACUUUUGCCAUUUUCGCUAGCAUGUCGCUCCUCAUCGCUCUGCCCAUCUACCUCUUCUUCCUGCCCGAAACUUCGGGUCAGAGUCUGGAGAGGAUUGACGAGCUGUUCGACCUGCCCUGGUACAAGAUUGGCCGUGCCAGCCGACGACCGGUGCGCGACGAGAUGCCGUCGCACUCGAUGCCCGCUGCGCUCGAGUCGCAGUGGCAGCAUGAUGCAGCGCCCGUCAGCGGCGCUGUCGAAGACAAGGACAAGGACAAGUUCCAGAACUACGCCUCGGAGCACACUGCUUAUGGCGUUCGCGACGCCAAGUAA